UACGUUAUCACAGAGCCACAACAUUCAGGGAAAACCAGCACGAAUAAUAAACGAAACGCUACAAACAAAAUAUCAAUUCAUGAAGUAAAAGAACAAAGGACCAGUCCUCACCGUAGAUACUUCACUACUUAACCGCAGCAUUCAGAGAAGACCGGUGCGAACGUUCGACGUGGACAGGUAACGAAGAGAGAAAAAAAAACACCGAUCCAACUUGUUGACCAAGGAAGACUCACGAAAGUAAUCACUAAUAAACAACCAUAAGCGACAAAAAUUCAUAAAGUACAUAGGUAGACGUCGAUUAAAAUUCAGAACAUACAAGGACGGCAGCUGUACGAUGUGGGAGAAGCCAGAGGAAAACGAAGGGAUUUAUAAAACAAUUGCACGUUGAACUGAUAUUGAAGAGGAAUUAAAAAGAGAAGAAAAAUAGAAGAAAAUGGCUCAAAGUGCAACUCUUUUGGCGAGAAUAGUCGCAUCUUCGGUGACUGUUGUAAAUCGAGCGGGAAAAAUAAUUCGCGAUGUAAUGAGUCGUGGUGAACUGAAUAUUAUUGAAAAAGGCAAAAACGAUUUGCAAACAGAGGCCGAUCGUUCAGCUCAAAAAUGCAUAAUUACAUCACUCAAUCAACAUUUUCCAAAUAUUACAAUUAUUGGCGAAGAUAAUUCAGCGACUUGUGAAAUACCAUCCGACUGGAUUGUCACCGACAUGGACCAAGAGAUUCUCGCUCUCAAAUUACCAGAACAUCUUGAAAACGUUGAUGCUAAAAAUAUUUGCGUUUGGGUCGAUCCACUUGAUGGCACUUCGGAAUAUACUCAGGGUUUGGUUGAACAUGUAACAGUUUUGGUGGGAGUUGCAGUUGGAGAAAAAGCAAUCGCCGGAAUAAUUCAUCAACCAUAUUAUAAAAAUGAAAAUAAUGGAACUAUGGGUAGAACAAUUUGGGGUAUUGAUGGUGUCGGAGUUGGUGGAUUUAAAAAUAUUUCUCCUCCAAGUGGAAAGCGAAUUCUCACAACUAGUCGAUCGCAUUCCGAUAAGACUGUUGAAAAAGCUGUCAAUUCACUGGAACCUACAGAAGUUUUACGAGUCGGAGGUGCAGGACAUAAAGUAAUGAUGCUGUUGGAGGGAAAGGCCCACUGUUACGUUUUUGCAAGUAAAGGAUCAAAGAGAUGGGAUACAUGUGCACCGGAAGCAAUUCUUCAUGCAGUGGGAGGGAAACUCACGGAUCUUCAUGGACAAACUUAUUGUUACGAUUCGAAAACCGAAUUUCCAAAUGUUAGAGGAGUCUUAGCCACUGCUCCUAGUGAAGAUCAUCGUUGGUACCUAACUCACAUUCCAGACGAAAUAAGACAGAAAUUUCAGUAAAUUAUUUUUACAUUUAGAUCAAUUUUUAACAUCUCAUACUUUAAAUAAACAAUUUUAGGCAUCACAGUUCCCUUUUCCCCUUUUGUCCCCUUAUUUCAAUUGUAUCCCCUUUUUCACCUUUUUUGACGAUUUGUCACCUUUUUCCCCUUUUUUGCUGAUUUGUCCCCUUUUUCACCUUUUUCGAAUCAAAAAUAAACAAGUUUUUCUUUUUUUGAAAUCUUUUUCAAAGUGUAAUCGCAUAAAAUUUAGACUCAAUUUUAUAGAAUUCAGUGCGUUUUAUAUCUGAUUUAGAUUAUUAACACUACAACAUAAUAUAAAUUUGUUUUUUUAUGUUAAUAAUUUAAAUAAUAUAGAUGUCGUAUAAAGAAUUUUAUAAAUUAUAAGGUGGCUCAUUCAACAGAAUGCAGACCUUUAGAAAAAUAAUUAAUUAACAUUCAAAUGAUUCAAAUAAUUCAAAUAUUAUUAAUAAUAUUAGUGUAGAAAUUUUGUGGUUUGUAGGAUCAAAUUUAAAAUGAAAAAAACUAAUUUUUUAAAUUUUUUACAUCUCAAGUUUAUCUCACUUCUCAAUACAUUGGUAUUGUCUAUAAGUGUUUUGUUUUAAUUUAAAAAAUGAGAAAUAAAUAAAUAAUUUUUAAAUGUUUAAAAAAAUUAUUAAAAAAAAAGUGAAACAACAAUAAUGUGCAAAAAUUGUGUUAUGUAACCAGGUAUGAGUUUUAAUGUCUUCUUAAUAAAUUUCAUUUAUUCCUAAUUCAUGUAUAUACAAAUAAUUCAUUACCAUUUUAUUAUCAAACUAAAAUAUAUGUAAUUUGCAGAAUAUCAAUAAAACUACUGAAGAGGAUCCAAAUGAGGAUCGAAACGUCUAAUAAAAAAAAAUUUAAAAAUUUAGUUUUUUUCAUUUUAAAUUUGAUCCUACAAACCACAAAAUUUCUACACUAAUAUAAUAAUUGGAUCACAAAAGAGUCUUAUAUUCAUUAUUAAUAAUAGUUUUUUCUAGAAAAAACAAUAAU